AUGCUUCGACGACCCCCCGGCCAAGGACGAUGGUCCUCGCAGCAUCAGAAGCUCUUGCUGGCUUUUGCCAUCAUCCUCAUCCCCUGGAUUCAGCUUGUCGACGCUCAGCAGCAGCCCGUGCAGCCCCAAGUCCAAAUUCACUCUCAGAGAGGCGACAGUCCUCUUGACUCAGUAUCCGAAGACGCCACCAACAGCCAGUGGUACGCCGCACAAGUCGACGAUGUGCGAGAUGAGGCGGACUUCGAUACCAUCAACAAGAAACAAAAACAACCACGUCAACAGCAACAGCAGCCGACGCCUCUGCCGCAGCAGCGUCAACGAGCUCGACUCCCUAGCGAUGCGAGCGCCCUCGCAACUUUAGCUCCGGCUCAGCCCGUUCGAGCACCACACACUUCACGACAUCUCUGGCCCAGCAGUAGCGCUUCUGGGCUGGCAUCGCCGCAAAAUGCGCGGAGUCUGGAGGACUGGGAAGUUGAAGACUUUGUUCUUCUGGCGACCGUCGAUGGAGACCUCUAUGCCAGCGACCGGAAAACCGGUCGGCAACGCUGGCACCUCGAGGUCGACCAGCCAGUGGUAGAAACAACACACUACCGAACAAACAACUCCGUCCUCGACGACGAUUACAGCCCCGUUGAUCAUUACAUAUGGGCUGUCGAGCCCAGCCGCGAUGGAGGCCUUUAUGUAUGGAUUCCAGAUGCCGGCGCAGGCCUCAUCCGAACUGGAUUCACCAUGAAGCGGCUCGUGGAAGAGCUUGCCCCAUAUGCGGGCGAUGAGCCCCCGGUCGUGUAUACAGGAGACAAGAAAACGACCAUGGUCACGUUGGAUGUGGCCACCGGACGUGUGCUCAAGUGGUUUGGAUCUGGCGGCUCCCUCGUCAAUGAAGGGGAAAGCUGCCUCCGACCCAAUGCUUUUGGCGAUGCAGACAACGAAGAGUGCAGCUCCAUGGGCACCAUCACUCUGGGGAGAACAGAGUAUACCGUGGGAAUCCAAAGACGUGAUGGCCGCCCAAUCGCAACUCUCAAAUACGCAGAAUGGGGACCAAACACUUUUGACAGUGACCUCUAUCAGCAAUACCAUGCCUCGCUAGAUAGCCGCUACAUCACCAGCCAGCACGACGGCAAGGUUUAUGCCUUUGAUCAGUCCCGGUCUGAUAACCAUUUGCCCCUGUUUAGCCACAAAUUCUCCUCCCCGGUGGCACGGGUUUUUGAUGUGUGCCGUCCAUGGGACGCUGCUGCGGGCAGCAACCCUGACCUUGUUGUCCUUCCUCAGCCACCAAUGCCAUCACAGGAUGAAGGUGUUGCCAAAAUGCGAAGCAACAGCAUCUUCCUCAACCAAACCGAAAACGGCAGCUGGUAUGCGCUGUCUGGCCGGGCCUAUCCUCUCAUUAUCGAUGCACCGGUGGCUCAGAUAUCGCGACCUGACUGGUGGGAUACGGCCCCCGCGUUUGAUACAAUUAAUCGUUCCAAAAUCUCAAAGGCACUGGUGGGCACCCACUUCUUGGACGCACUGCGGAGUGGCAGCUACCAACAGCAGCAUCUGACACUGCCCCCUGGCCUCCUGGACGAUUUUCUCGAUGAAUUGGAGAAUGGCUCGAAUAAUGCUCAUGCGGUAGCCCCUGCUGUUCAUGAAGAGCCCACCAUCAUAACAAAAGUCAAGGCUCUUCCGCAAAAUGCCGCCAACAGCGUCAUUGAUUUUGUCAGCAACCCCGUUCUGAUUAUUCUCUUCGUGGGCUCGUUGAUAUACAAUGAAAAGAAGCUCCGACGAGCAUACCACCGAUUCAGGACCGAAGGCAGUCUCAAAGAUAUAUAUCCGUUCCUCACCCUAGAUCAUAGUGCUGGAGACGAAUCGGGCGAUGAAAAAGAUGCCACAUUUUCCUCCUCCUCUUCCACUACUCCGCUCUCUCAACUUGACAACCAAAAAGUGGAAGAGAUUUCCAAACCUAAAUUAGAGUCAACCACUGGGGAUGAAGAUAAAGACAAGGAUAGAGAUAGAGAUUCUUCCGAGUCGUCAGAGCGCGCCCAGAAUACAGACGACAAGGUGAUCGAUACGGCUCUAGACACACAGGCGCAAGACUCUGCCAAUGGCGCCGCUCCUGAGAAGAAAAAGAAAGCCCAUAGAGGUCGUCGGGGUGGUGUUAAGCACAAAAAGAACCGCGCCGAGGGCCAAUCGUCUCGAGACGACGACGGAGGACUCAGCACCGUGGACGAGGCCGUGGAUGAGGCCGUCAGCAAUGCCAAAAAGCUAGGCGAUCGCCCCAGCCUUGAGCCUGACUUCCGGAUGAUCUACAACGACAUGCAAGCCGUCACAGGCUCCAUCAUUAGCAUCGGCAACAUUGAAGUGGACACGGAUGUAGAACUCGGCAUGGGCAGCAACGGCACAGUCGUCUUUGCCGGCCGAUUUGAUGGCAGAGAUGUUGCUGUCAAGAGAAUGACUAUCCAAUUCUACGACAUUGCUACGCGGGAGACUCGGUUGUUGCGCGAGAGUGACGAUCAUCCUAAUGUUAUCCGAUAUUACUCACAGGAGAUGCGAGGAGAUUUUCUGUACAUUGCAUUGGAACGCUGCGCUGCCUCACUUGCAGAUGUGAUUGAGAAGCCCAACCACUUCCGUAACUUGGCCAAUGCCGGGCAGAAAGAUUUGCCUGCCGUUCUGUACCAAAUCACCAACGGUAUCACUCAUCUACACUCUCUGCGCAUUGUCCAUCGCGAUCUCAAGCCUCAGAAUAUCUUGGUCAAUUUGGACAAAGACGGCAGACCGAGGCUGUUGGUCUCUGACUUUGGGCUGUGUAAGAAACUGGAUGGUACUCAAUCUUCCUUUGGAGCAACGACAGGCCGAGCAGCUGGAACAACUGGAUGGCGUGCACCCGAGCUUCUUCUCGAUGACGAUGGACAGAAUCCCGCGGCCCAGGAUGGAAGCACGCAUAGUGGCUCCGGUACCAUUCUCGUUGGCGAUCCUACGCUCCUCAAUGGCCGACGCGCAACGCGAGCCAUUGACAUUUUCUCCCUGGGACUUGUCUUCUUCUAUGUGCUCACAAACGGCUCACAUCCAUUCGACUGUGGUGAUAGAUAUAUGCGCGAGGUCAACAUUCGAAAGGGCAACUACAACCUCGAUCCCCUGGAUUCGCUAGGCGAUUUCUCAUACGAAGCCAAGGAUCUAAUUUCGUCCAUGUUGCAAGCGGAUCCCAAGCUACGGCCUACUUCCGUAGAAGUCAUGGCCCAUCCUUUCUUCUGGUCCCCGAAGAAGCGUCUGGCUUUCCUCUGCGACGUAUCGGACUCGCUUGAAAAGGAAAUCCGGGAUCCGCCUUCGGAUGCGCUAAUGGAACUGGAGAGACAUGCCCCAGACGUCAUUCGGGGCGACUUUUUGAAGCUCCUCACUCGCGAGUUUGUCGAUUCCCUGGGCAAGCAGCGCAAGUACACUGGAUCGAAACUGCUCGACCUGCUGCGCGCCCUGAGGAACAAGCGCAAUCACUACGAGGACAUGUCGGACUCGUUGAAGCGGAGCGUGGGGUCCUUGCCGGAUGGGUAUCUCGUGUACUGGACGGUCAAGUUCCCGAUGCUGCUGCUUACGUGCUGGAACGUGGUGUAUAAUCUGCAUUGGGAGACGUCGGAUCGGUUCAGGGAGUAUUAUGAGCCUGCGGGACUGUAAAAGAAGGGGGGAAAUGAAGAGAGAAAGAUGGUGAGAGGGUGUCUUGCAUGGUGGAUAGCGAUUCCUGUCAUUUAUCAAGAUGAAUAGGACAGCAUAAAAGCGUUUUGAUGUUUUUUUCUUUUUUCUUUUUUGAAUGUAUUUUAGUUUUACAUGUUUCAAUAGUAGCUUCAACUUUUUUAUUUCACAAUGUGACAGCACUAGCAUAGGUAUGUAUCAUACAUGGUCUAGUAACUGU